AUGCGAGAAAGCGGUCUGCAGUUCAGACGGCGCAAGCAACGGCUGCAGAGAAGAGUCGGGCUGUUGUGGGGGUGGGGAAUCCGAGGGGGGGCGGAUCGGUCUGGGACUGUUGUUAGCAGCGGGAUAGCGGCGAAUACAGCCGUGGAGGCAGGAAGGUUGCGUGCAACCCUGGUCGAGAAGAGGAAAGCGGAACAACGCAAAAAGGCUGAGGAGGACCGCAAGCGUGCACAGGAGGAGAAACGGGUGCGGCAGGAUAAGGCGAAGGAGGCAGAGCGGUCAGAGAGAGCGGCGGAGGAAAAAGGCAAGGCGGAGGAAGAGAAGAGGAUGCGGGAGGAGCAGGCGAAGGAGGCAGAGCGGUCAGAGAGAGAGGCGGAGGAAAAGCGCAAGGCGGAGGAAGAGAAGAGGAUGCGGGAGGAGCAGGCGAAGGAGGCGGAGUGGUCAAAGAGAGCGGCGGAGGAAAAGCGCAAGGCGGAGGAAGAGAAGAGGAUACGGGAGGAGCAAUCGAAGGAGGCGGAGCGGGCAGAGAGAGCGGCGGAGGAAAAAUGCAAGGCGGAGGAAGAGAAGAGGAUGCGGGAGGAGCAGGCGAAGGAGGCACAGCGGGCAGAGAGAGCGGCGGAGGAAAAACACAAGGCGGAGGAAGAGAAGAGGGUGCGGGAGGAGCAGGCGAAGGCGUUGAAGGUUGCUGAAGAGAAGCGGGCGGAGGCAUUGAAGCUGAAAAUGGAGCUCCAGGCAAAGCGUGAGAGGAUGCAGGCACAAAUGGAGGAACUUGCAAAGUUAGAGGAAGCUGCGAAAGAGGAAGAGGAGAGGCAACAGAAAAAGUUGGAGGCGCAGAAGGAGAAGAUGGAAAAGGGCAACAGAUUGCGGCGGAGGAUGUGGAGAGGGCAGCAGGGCAAGGGCAGGGAGGAGACGCGAUUCUUAGCGUGGUCCGACAGCCGGGAUUCUUCACGUGGAGUGUGGAGCGUGCUCAACCACAUGGACAUGGACAAGUACGAAGAGUGA